CCUCCGCUCUGGGGCUCAGACACUAACUAGCACCGCGCCGCACGCAGGUCCCAUCCCCGUUCCGGGGCCACCCCGAGUCAUGAAGAUGCAUUUCUGUAUCCCGGUGUCCCAGCAGCGGCUGGACGCGCUGGGGGGCCACUACGUGCUGUACUCCGUGUACCUGGACGGCUUCCUCUUCUGCAGGGUGCGCUACAGCCAGCUGCAUCGUUGGAACGACCAGCUGAGACGGGUCUUUGGAAGUUGCCUGCCACCAUUUCCGCCAAAGUACUAUCUUGCGAUGACCACAUCUAUGGCUGAUCAGAGGAGAGACCAGUUAGAACAGUAUUUGCAAAAUGUAACUAUGGACCCAAACAUGUUGAGAAGUGAUGUCUUCAUUGACUUUUUAAAACUGGUACAGAUGGAUACAUUUAGUGUCACCACCAAGAAAGCCUCUCUGGAUGUAUAUCUGCCUAAUGGAAGAAAUAUUCAAGUUGAAAUUCUAACCUCAGACACUGCCGAAAGAGUCCUAGAGGUGGUGUCACACAAAAUCGGACUGUGUCGAGAGCUGUUGGGCUACUUUGGCCUAUUUCUCAUUCAGUUUUGCCAGGAGAGCAAGAUUUCAGUCAUGAAAAAAUUGGUGGACUUUGAGCUCCCUUAUGUUAGCCUUCGAAGUUCUGAAGUGGAAAACUGCAAGGUUGGCCUCAGGAAGUGGUACAUGGACCCAUCCCUCGACUCCAUGCUGAUGGACUGCAGAACAGCUGUAGAUUUGAUCUAUAUGCAGGCAAUUCAAGACAUUGAAAAAGAAUGGGCCAAACCCACAGAGAUGCAGAAGCAGAAAUUAGAGGCUCUCCAGAAAGAAGACAACCAAACAAAGUAUUUGGAGCUGUCCCAGGCUGUACGGCACUAUGGGUAUGUGCAGCUGGACCCUUGUGUCUGUGACUACCCGGAACCGGGAUGCAGCGUUGUUCUUUCUGUUGGCGAUCAUGAGAUCAACUGCUGCGUAACCCUGCCUGAUAACCAGACCCAGGAUGUCAUUUUCCAUAUAAACAGAGUGAAGUGCUGGCAGGUCACUUUCCUUGGGACUCUGCUGGAUGUAGAUGGACUCCAGAAAACUCUCAAUGAAAACUUAGAGCUCAGAUUUCAGUAUAGCGAGAAUAGUCGCUGGCAGUGGUUUGUUGUUUACACCAAACAGCUCCCACCAUUGGGCAACACUAACCUACACUGAUGAAUUCCCUGGGCCAGAGUCUAGUUCUCAAGGAAUCCAACUGCCCACACAAGUGAGUUCCUCUGCCUUCUGGGAGCUCUGGCUUCAGAAUCCAAGCUAUUUUGCCAGCAAGAAGUCAUCCUUGGAUUACUGAGAACUCUGUAAGCUUCUACUCUGUAUUCUUUUUUCUCUGCCUUUUCCCAGAUGGAAUAUUUCAGAUUUACCAUAAAAACUACAUUAUAAAGUCAGGAUCUUGAGAGGUCUUUGACACAGUGGUCAUGAUCUUAACUAAAUAAACUCUACAGUUUUUUUAUCUCUAGAAAGAACUUGCAGCCUCUUGAUACUUCCACUAUGCUAAAUUAAAAUGCCUUUAGCAGUUGGGAGAAGCCAUCCACUAAAAGAAGCUCUCAAGGCUAUGAUAUUUCCUCAGUGGAAAAUUAAAUUCUUGUUCUAAUCUAUGUCUCUUUAGUAAAGACCUAGUAACUCAUAGAAAGGAUUAAUAGCAGGCUGUUGAAAGAGACAUAGAGAUUUUAAACUUUUUAACCUGUUUGUCACCAUCAUGAUUUAAACAUGUCUCAAAUAAGACAGUACAGUUUGACUUUUAAAAAUGAUUACAAAUACUAAUGACAUAGGUAGUGUAGUCUAGGAAGGGAGACAGGCCUUUGCUGAAUCAAGAAAUCACAGAUUAGUGGCUUUAAUGACUGGUUGACAUUUAUAAGCACAAUGCUUUUGCAGAACAUUAUACUGAUCUUUAAAAAUGCAAAACAAAACAUUUAGGAACGUUCCCUAAUGUUUUCAUUUAAAUUUAAUCCUUUAUAAGAAGAUGGAUGACAUUUUCAACUUAACAUGGUUCUUUACUUGACUUUGCAGCUCUUUUUCUAAGAAAAUAGUUGCAUUUUAGCCCUGUUUCUCUUUCUUCAAGAACUGAAAAUAUUUUCUAUAAGAUAAAUUUUAGCUGAAAUAAGCAGGCAAAGAGAGGCAACAAAGGGCCAGGUAGUUUAUUUGAGUGCAACUCUCGGGUGAUGCUCCGCUGUCUGGGUACUACAGGCCGGGGAAGUCACACCCAGUCAGGGAGGUGGGGGCUUAUAAGGGAUUAGGAGGGGAAGGAGUGGGCAAGCUAUCCUAGGGGGUGUGGAGAGGUAUGAUUGGCUAAAGGUGACAUAAUAGACAACUAGAAACUUUUUUUCCUUCCAAGAAGGAGGAGGCUGACAUCUGGGUCUUAAUUGGCACAUCAGAAGGAUAGAAUUCAGGAAGAGCUGUCCCCUUUCCAUAUAAGGCACAGACCUUGGGGUCUGGUCUGUUCUCCCCCUAUGGCAUCUCUCUGUUCUGUUUGUAUAUCCUUGUUUUUCCUUCCUCCAGCCUAACAUUUUCCAGGGACAAUAAAAUUUCACUGCCUCUUGAUGUCUGAACAAUUCAAAAUGUACUAGAUAGUAGCAAAUCAAAGCAAUAAAAGAAUCAAGGGUUCUCUUUUUAAAAAAGUAAUAAAAUCUAACCUCUUAGGAUGGACCCCCUUAGGCUCCAAUUAUUAUUCAUAUAAAAAGAAGAAAGAAAAGUAAUUAACUGAAGUAGCGUCAUUGAAAGAGAAAAGUGCUCUCAAAUGUGGCUGAAUGAAAUGUAAGCUACAUAAUCUAGGAAAUACACAUAUAACAAGUAGCUCAAGAGUUUGUUCAGUAACAGAAGGUAGUGAUCUAUUUAAAGUUUUAAAGAAAAACAACCACACUAACUCCAUUCCUUAGAUUUGCACACAAAUUGAAAUGUAUAGAUUUUCCCUGUGGCUGAUAGCAAAAGCAGUAUGUUAGUAAAUACUUGUAUUGCUUUAUCCAAAUAUUCAAGUUAUAUUUCCACAAACUAUUUCUUUACUUAUUUUGGUUCUUGUAAAGGAAAGUUAAGACCCUUCCUCUGGAAAAUUAGCUUUCCAAGGGGAUGUUGUAGGGAUAGCCCACAUUUUGAUCUGGAAUUUUGCCUACAAACUCUUGGGUAGAAUGGGACCCUGGAAGAUAAAGAAUAGAUAGAUCAGCUGGGUGAACUGAGUUCUGGGCUGAAACAAGUCAUUCUGUGGAAUUUAAAGUAGCUAUAUAAAGGUGUAUCUAUGACAUUCACUGAUUUUCUAGGUAAACAAAAACAUCUGAACUGACAUCACUUACAGGUAGCUUCAGUGGACUAAGAUACAGAGGUCUUUAUUUUACAAGGCAGAAUAAAUUCCAAAAUUUUGAUAAUUGUGAAGAAUCUGGGAAGGGGAACAGAAACUGAGGAAAUUGUAACCAUAUGAGCCCCAUAAGUAAAGCAGAUGGUCCCCAGAAGCAGCUUAGUUUUAUCCUAGUAAGAAGGAGGAGUGAAAGAAGAAAUUUAGUGCUGACUUAAUUAGCUUAGAUUGCUUUAGGCAGUACUUUCAGAGGUAAGACUUGAACAUUUAUGGAGAGAUCAUUAAACCUGAAGUCAAACAAAUGCACUGAAGAAAAAUGUAAAUAUACAGCAAAAUCAUGUUACCUUAUUAAAAGAAGUAUAACUACAAACCAGAAGGGGAAAAAGUGUAGCAUUCUUCUUAGAGCUAAACCUAAAUAAAUUAUGUGGAUAUUUGCUUCUUUGAACUAGAACAGAACUAUAAGGAUUAUUUUAUUUGAAAAUAGAGUGUAUUGGUUAGUAGGUUUGGCCACAUAUAAAAAAAAAACAAAACAAGACAAAAUAAAUGUCAUAAGCAAAAUAAAAUUUUGUUCCUCUCUCAUUUAAAAGAUGCCUGGAGGUAAGUAGUCUUCUGGGUGGUGUCAUCGGGAUGUCGCCAGAGGCUUUCUGCUCUGCCGCCUUCAGUGUGUGGCUUUUACCUCAAACUUGAGUUGGUUCCUGGAGCUCCAGUCAUUACAUACUCAUUCUAGGCAGCAGGUAUGAGGGAAGUAUGAAGAAGGGCUCAUGUAUUUCUUCAAGGAGGAGCCUCAGAAGUCCCACACAGAAUUUCUGUUUACAGCUCUUUGGCGAGGAGUUAGUCUCACCACAGGCCCACACCUAGCUACAAGGAAGUCUGGUAAAUGUAAUGUUUUUUUGUAGGGCAUAUUGUCUCUGCAAAUAAAUUUGGGUGAUAUUACUAAAAAAGAAGAGCAGAAUGGAUAUUAGACUAGGCUACCAGCAAUCUCUGCCAUUGUAAAGAACUCUAAAAGAUACCAAAAAACAGAAAGCAGAUGUAUUUUAUGCAGUGGACGUGUUCCUAAGGAGUUUUUGAAGGUGUAACAUUAUUAUUAUUAUCCUGUGUAUCGAACCAUAAUAUGAAUACAUAAGAGGUACUGUGGUAAAUAAUUUUCUGAAUUGAAAAACAAUUUAUAUUUUUAACAACUCAUACCUAGUUUGUUUUCUUAGUUUGCAUAUUUUUUCCCUUAGGUUUACUAAAAAGUGGGUCCAAAUCUUUAAACUGCUUUUCUAAAAAAUGGCAAAGAACAGGAUGGCUUUCUGAUUCCCCUGGCAUCCUACUUCUCUGUGCUUAUCCACAUCUACAAUCACCAUAUGUAUUUUUCUCUCCACUCACCUUUCAUUUGGGUCAAGACCAGAUUAUAUAGAAGACCACGGGCUCAAGAUCAGUGUUUUGAAAUGUGUUUCUGUUAUGUGGUGAGAAGGGGAAACAUCAAGGGUAGGGCUAUCUGAUGUCCCAGGAAUGUGAGCCUUUAAAUAGCUGGUACAGCCUGGAAAACAGGACAAGUACAGGCAUAUUACAGCCAUCACGAGAAUGGUCUGAGCAUAGCAGGUGGACAAAAUUAUAGAGAGGCAGGGGGAAAUUACUCUGCAGGAACAGUGCUUAGAUAUUAGCAGGAACUAGUCUAUUGAUGGUGCGCAGGAAUACUGCAUUAUGCGAAAAAGAUUCACUUCUUUCCUCAGCUUUGUUCCCCCUUAUAUAUAAAAUAUUGACUGUCUUACUGAAAUAAGUCAAAGAAACAGAUUAUAUCAGCAAUUGUUUGGCAUUUGUAGUUGGUUCUACCUUAUUUCAACAUAGGGAGAAGGAGGGGAAGGAGAAUCGGAAAGAGAAACAUUCUGAGGUUUUCCCUCAACUUCUGCCUUUCAUUGUAUAAGACUAUUCACAAACUAUAAUGUAAUAUUGUAAAAAGAUAAUAAUAGUGAUACUAGGAAAACACAUAAGACAUCAGAAUAUGAACUUCUCAUUUACAAAGACUUAUGAACUGAUUUUUUUUAAAUCAUUGAGAUAGGCUUCAAAUAUAUGAACAUUUUUAUUAAGAAUACUAACCUAAAGGAAGUCCUAUGCAUCCUUCGGUCUAUUUUACAAAAAAUUAAGUUAGCCAUAGUUAAAAGAUAAUGCUCUUUCACAGUGUCAUGUUGUUUAUCCCACUUACUUUAAAAUGUUCCCUUUUAAAUUCUCAUGAAUAAUACACAAUAAUGAACAACUUAAUACACCCCUUCAUUCUAUCACUUAACAAAUACCUGUAUUUACUAUGCAGUGGCUAGAAACAGGCUCCAGAAUCAAGGAGUUUAUCCAUAGAAAAAAGGCAAUUAGUAAAGAAACAAUUACCGUUUCAGAGGGAUAAAUAGAGACACCCACAUAUAGUUAGUUGUUUAAUAGUAGUUCUGGUCUUUUGCUAUAAGAAGGGUGUGAGAACACUUUCUCCCAAGCCCUGGCUAGCUCCCAUUUCCUGGCUGUGUCAGACACUCAGUUUGCCCCUCCCAUUCCUCUCCACUCUCGCCCACCCUGCUCUGUGGCCCGGACACUGAUCCUGGUGUGCUUUAGCGUUGCGCUCUGGCCUCCCACCGGACCACCCUGGGAGAGCCCAGGCAGAUCGGAGGGUGGGAGAAGCGUGAGACGGGGGUAGCUCUCUCGCAUUUUGUGACCGUUGGGUCUCUGGUUGGCAGCGCCUCUCCUGAAGGCCACACUCCUUAGGUGUCCUCUCCUCCCUGUAGCUGUAACCACUCUCAGCCCAGUGCCAGCUGCUCCCCUAGUCCUUAAGGCCUAGAAAUGGUAAGAACCCCACUCCCCUCAGCCCCUUCUGGGCCCUGGGAACUCCAGCAUCCCUUCAUUGACUUGCUUUAAUCCUGCCCAAAUCUCCAUUUAAUAGUUCCUUUUAAAAAUGCUCCUCCGUUACUCCAGGAAUGUGCCAUCUGUUUUCGGCUGGGACCCUGACUAUUAUAUGAAGUUCACCUUAUGUACAGGAGGUGUUUUGAACUUGAGUUCAAUUCUUCACUUGAUUAAGGGUGCCUUUUGAUUAAUCAAGCCUCAUUUGACUUUGAUUCAGUGUAUGGAUUGGAGCUCCUUGGAUUAUUUUAGGAUUUAGGAGUUCAUUUAAUUUUGGGUGAAGUCCUUUUAGAAGCUGUGUUAAAUCACAAAGUCUGCAGGCAACCACCAACGUUAAACAUUAAACUUCACUUAACUUUUGGAAGUUGGAUUUCUGUAGCAUUUGGACUCUUGCAAAUGAAGGGGGAAUGUGCAGAUGACAAACAGGUGUGCCUGCUGACUGGCAGCCUUUGGGACCAUUAAGAGGAUUAUUGUGGAAGGGGAAAUGUGCUAGUUAAAUAGAUUAUUUGUGUGCUUGCUCCUCUAGGCUGUGCUGACUGACAUUUUAC